AUGUUCAGGAAUCCUCGUGAAAAUACCAGCUUAAACUCUACCCGUUCUCUCCUCCCAUCCACCGGGCGACCGCCUACUCCACCUUCCACCAACGAGCCAAAAGUCACUUCUUCUCCCUUUUUCGCUGCUCCAAAACCCACUUCCGAAAAGAAAACACCCAUGUCUAAAACACCAGUACUCGGUCGUCAAGUUGGUUCCAAAAUACCUAGUUCAAAGAAGCCAGGAUUCCGGCAGAACCAGAGCAUUCUAAGCUUUUUCGCCAAAUCCGACAAACCCGAAGUAAACGACAUUGACACCAAGUCCCAGGCCCCACUGUUCUUCAAGGAUGCCCAAGAGAGUAUUGAAGAGCAGCAAAUCAUCGAGCGCGCCAUUCAGGCAAGCAAGGAGCAGGAGCAGUCAAGGUUCAAUGAAGACGAGACCCCAAUAAAGCGGAGGCGAACAGAGUCUCAGGAUGUAGAUUGGGAGGUUCGAACGCCGUCCCCCGAGCCCCACUUAGAGUUGGAAAGAAGUGCAAAAGAAGAAAGCGGGAGCAUGCCGUUGAACAGUCGAGAACGGACACCAAAAAAGUGGAUUGGUGGCUUUGUGGACGACUCGAGCGAUGACGAGGACGUGGAGAUCAUGAACGCCAACGGAUCUAAUGGCCAGCUCGUCUUGGAGACAGUAGGAGGUCCUCAUUUGGCUGCUUCGGACGACAUUGACGUCGACGUAGGAAUCUCGAUCGCCAAUCCCUUAAAGCCUUCUAUUCAAAAUGACAACAGGAAAAGUCCACCCACUGACAUCGAAGGACCAGAGGAAACCACGGACAUCAUCGUUCCAGCCUUGAACCGUGAAGGUACCAGCAUGUUCGUUGCUGAGGAUUUUGGCGAUGAGGAGGAUUUCGAUGACGACGAAUUCUUUGAAGGUGGUGAAGAGUAUAUGGAACGAAGAUGGAUGGAGGAACAACGAGAAAUGGAUAUGGGACUCGACGAAGAUUCCAAAUCAGAGAGUGGCGCGGAGAGUGUGACGACCCCAAGAAGUAUUAUUGAACAUGACGGUCGCAUUCAGUCCACAACAGGAGGUAACAUCCCUCUCUGCCCCAUCUGCAAUGGCAACAUGAAAGGAUUAUCAGAGGAUCAGGCCUCUUCGCAUGUCAACGCAUGUCUCGAUGGGGCCGCACAGCCUUUCCCUCAAACAACGAGUCUAGGGCGUGAAGGCUCUCUGCCCUUGCCUAAAGAGCCGGAAGGCCCAGUACCAAAACGCUUUCAACGUGCGGCAAUCGCCCGUCCAGCGCAAUCGAACCCCUUCACGUUGAACCAAGGUAGUAAAGGAGGCUCGGCUUUUACGAGGCUGAUGUCUGGGCAUGCAGAGGAUGCAGCUUGGGCAGCUGCAGCUACUAAUGAAGCUCACUCACGAGGAAAGCCUGCAUAUCAGCGAACAUGCCCCUUCUAUAAGAUCAUGCCGGGGUUCUUCAUUUGUGUGGAUGCUUUCAGGUACGGAAAGGUUGAGGGACAGAAUGCGUACUUCCUCAGCCACUUUCACAGUGACCACUACAUCGGCCUUACCUCUUCCUGGUGCCAUGGUCCAAUCUAUGCCAGUAAGGUUACUUGUAACCUCAUGAUCCAACAACUCAAGGUAGACCCAAAAUGGGUUGUACCACUGGAGUUUGAAAAGAAUACUGAAGUCCCUAACACUAAAGGCGUAUUUGUGACCAUGCUUCCAGCCAACCAUUGCCCUGGUUCUUCGCUUUAUCUUUUCGAGAAAGUUACAGGCAAGAACAGAGAUGGAUCGCCGAAGGCUACACGAAUUCUCCACUGUGGGGAUUUUCGUGCUUGUCCUGCGCACAUCAGUCAUCCGUUGCUGAGGCCAGAUGUCGUCGAUAGCAUCACUGGACAAAUGAGACAACAGGUAAUCGACACCUGCUACCUGGACACAACAUAUUUGACGCCAAAGUAUUCAUUUCCAGGCCAAUAUGAUGUUAUCGAUGCUUGUGCUCAAAUGUGCGUCAGCCUCUCUGGGGAAAUGGUUGACUCCACCGACAGUUGGGAGCAGACGAAGACAGAAAAAGCAGGAAGCGCAAUGAAGAAAUUCCUGGAGCAGGGCGAGUCUGAAAGCGUCAAGGAACAGGAACCGGUCGAGAAGAAACAAAAGGCUCGAGGCCGCCUGCUCGUCGUGAUUGGCACAUACUCGAUUGGCAAAGAACGAAUCUGCUUGGGCAUCGCGAAAGCCUUAAAUUCAAAGAUCUAUGCACCCCCAGGAAAGAUGCGCAUAUGUGCUUGCCUUGAGGAUCCUGAACUCAAUGCACGAUUGACCAACAAUCCGUUAGAGGCACAAGUUCAUAUGCAGACUCUGAUGGAGAUCAGGGCGGAAACAUUACAUGACUACAUGAUGACCUACAAGGGCCACUUCGCUCGAGUAGUUGGGUUUCGACCUACCGGUUGGUCGUAUCGACCUCCAACCUCUCGCUUCACCGAGAAUCCAGCUGUGAGUACAGUUCUGAAUUCGGACGGAUGGAAGUCUCGCUUCACAAUGCGUGAUCUUGCACCACAACGAGGAAGCACAAAAGAGUCCAAUUGUUUUGGCGUGCCAUACUCCGAACACAGCUCUUUCCGGGAACUGACGAUGUUUUGCUGCGCAUUGCGAAUCAAUCGCAUCAUACCGACCGUCAACGUUGGGAGCGCAAAGAACAGAGAGAAGAUGAAAGGGUGGAUAGAAAAAUGGGAUGCGGAGAAACGAAAAAAUGGUCUCUUCAAGGUGGAGGAUGGAGGAGACGGCUGGGGUUCAGGAGAUGGAAAACUCAGCUAUGGCGUAUGA